GUGGUUGGAUACCUAGGCAGCAGGGCAAUCGUGGUGCGUUCUAGCCGCCUAUACCCGCGCAGUACAAUUAAGUUUCUGUAAGGGGACCAAACUGGUAUAAGUGUCAAUGACCGCGCCCAGCCAAAGGCCUACCUCUUACACUUACAACACCAUGAAGUGCCUCAGCAUGCUCGCCACGGCCUUCGGCCUCUUGGCUAUGGCCUCUGCCAUGCCCGUCAUCGAGGAGCGGGACGAGGUCCAGACAGUGCACCUCAUCUUCCACGCCGGUCCGGCAGAGUACUCCCUCGCCAUUCCCGCCGACGGCAGCGUCCACAAGACCAACAGCGACCUCUCGGUCAACAUCAUUGACGCGCCCGACUACAACGCCUUCUAUCAGUGCAAGUUCGAGACGCAGAACGACGCGACCCUGGCCAGCAGCAUCUCGCCCGAGGGCGUCAACCAGAUCAUGGUCGGACCCCCCACCCCCAUCAUCAGCGUCAGCUGCCAGGGCAUGUGCGUGCCCACCUACGGCGACUGUUACCGCGACGGCCAGUGGGUCGGCCCCUGCUGCGCCGGCUACUGCGCUGCCAACAAGUGCAGGCCCUGGGUCAACCCUUGGGGGAAAAACGAGUGAGAGGUGAUGGACCAAGAGCCAAAGCUGGUUUAUUUAAUUACUCGUUCCGUCCUUCCUUCUUUUCUUCCUUCUUUUCUUCUUUCCUUCUUUCCGUUUUUCCUUCCUUCUUUCCUUUCUUCUUUUCUUCCUUCUUUUCUUCCUUCUUUUCUUCCCUCCUUUGUCCCUUUCUUUGUUUGUGGUCGCUAAUUUUGCCUCAAAUAAACAAUCGCGAGGCCCGUCCUCGUCACUUUCUGACGGCGGGUUUCGUUGAGAAAUGGAGGUGCUUGAAUGUCUCCCAAAAUAUGUUCUGCUGUUUAGGGAGAGAUACCUAGGCUGGUGAUUCUCGAUCUGGUUGCGGGAAGGUUACGGGAAAUGGGAAAUGGGAAAGGGAAAUGUAAUAUCUAGAACUUGACGCGGUGGAAUACUGUUGUUACAAGACUGCCAGACAUAUCCGAGGUUGGGAGAAUGCUAAGAUACCCAUAACCAAUACUCUAAAAAAUUGGCGACGAAAGAAUUCAGAAGCCUAACCUGGUUUAUUUGAUCCGUGUCAGAAGCUGUAGAGCUUCUGAGAGUAUUAGCCACAUAUAUGCCACAGCUAUAUAAGGCUGUUUAACGC